UGGGAGAUGGGAGAUGGGAGAUGGGACACAGGACAUGGGACAUGGGACCUGGGAGAUAGGACAUGGGAGACGGGAGAUGGGAGAUGGGAGAUGGGAGACAGGAGACAGGAGACAGGAGACAGGAGACAGGAGACAGGAGACGGGAGAUGGGAGACAGGAGACAGGAGAUGGGAGAUGGGAGAUGGGAGAUGGGAGACAGGACAU